AUGUCUAAAUUAUACAUUUUUACCGGAAUUCAAACUACGGGUAAACCAACAUUAGGAAAUUACUGCGGGUUAAUUCAUCCUAUUUUAGAACUUCAGAAAAAAGGUACUCAUGAAAUUAUUAUAAUGAUUGCUGAUUUACACUCAUUAACAGUUCCUAAACCUAAUUUUAAUUAUCGCGAAAGUUGCUAUGAAAUUGCUUCUUUACUAUACGCUUGUGGAUUAAAAGAGGAAAAAUCUCCUUUGGUUACUAUAAGUGAAUUAAACAACAUGAUUCAAUAUAAAGAAAAAAAAAAAGAGCAAGAAACUGGUAAUUUAGCUUUGUUAUCCUAUCCAGUAUUAAUGGCGGCCGAUAUUUUUCUUUAUGACGCCGAUUUGGUUAUUGUCGGACAAGACCAAAAACAACACCUAGAAUUAACUAGCGACAUCGCCCAAAAGUUCAACAAUUUUUAUGAGAAAGAAUUAUUAAAAAUCCCAGAAUUUUUUAUUCCUAACUUGGGGGCAAAAAUAAUGGGUUUACAAAACCCCGAGAAAAAGAUGUCAAAAAGCGAGCAGGACUGUAUUUUUUUAUUAGAUAAGCCCGAAACAAUAAAAAAAAAGAUUGAAACCGCUAUUACUGAUUCCGAAAAUAAAAUUUACUAUGACCGGGAAAAAAAGCCCGGCAUUUCUAAUCUUUUAAUUAUCUAUGCUUUAUUAACUAAGCAAGAAAUAAAAGCCGCGGAAAAAGAAUUACAAAAUAUUAACUACCACCAAUUUAAACUACAAUUAAUUGAUUUACUUAAUAAAAAUUUAGGAAUAAUUCAAGAAAGAUAUAAAUCUUACCUUCCCCACAUUAAAGGAAUAGUAGAAGAAAAUAAUAUUUACUUAAAAGAUUUGGCCGAAAGAAAAAUUAAAAUAAUUAAAAAGGAAUUAAAAAUAUUAUAUUAA